CACGACCCCGCAUCCAAGCAAGCAGCCGAGUCCGGCGACCUUGUCGUUAGCUCUCGGUGCCGGUAAGUCAAGGAAUUUUGGAUGCAUCUCUGCAGCUCCCAUCUCUCUCUAUCCAUCAAGGUCUACCUUCCGUUCCAGCAUAUCUACCAUCCCAUUCGCCAUGGCCCCCAACCUCCCGGAGAAGAUGCGAGCCGUUGUGUUCAAGGGUGAAUACCAAGUUGCUGUCGAGGACCGCCCCGUGCCCAAGAUCCAGAAGCCCACCGAUGCCAUCCUCCGCGUCACCUCCACCGCCCUCUGCGGCUCCGACCUGCACUUCUACCGCGGCCAUCUCAAGUGCCCGCCCAACUUCAUCUGCGGCCACGAGUUCGUCGGUGAGAUUGUGGCCAAGGGCGAUGAUGUGAAGAAGUUCAACCUCGGCGACAAGGUCGUCGUGCCCUUUUAUACCGCCUGCGGAGACUGCUUCUUCUGCGUGCGCGGACAGGCCAGUCGCUGCAGCAAGGGCGAGCUGUUCGGCAACAGCGCCCCCGCCAACACCAUUGACGGUGGCCAGGCCGAGUACGUGCGGUGCCCAUUGGCCGACACCACCUUUGUCAUCGCCCCCAAGGACAUUCCCGAGGAGAUGUUGGUCCUCAUGGCCGACAUCUUCCCCACCGGCUACUUCGCCGCCUCUCGCUACCUGAAGAACCUCAAUGACCGCGACCGGAAGGAGUACACCGUCGCCGUCAUUGGCUGUGGACCCGUAGGUCUUUGCGCCAUCACCUGUGCCUUGACCAUGGUCGAUCACGUCAUCGCCAUCGACUCCGUGCCGGAUCGUUUGGAAGAGGCGAAGAGAUUGGGUGCCAAGACGAUCAACCUUAACGACGACCCCGUCCCCAAGGUCAAGGAGGCGUCUGGAGGCCGCGGUGCCGACGUGAUCAUCGAGUGUGUCGGCCAUGCGGACGCGUGGAAUCUGGCCUUUGACAUGAUCCGCCCAUGGGGCGCUAUCAGCAGUAUUGGAGUGCACACCGAGAAAUGGGAGGUCAAUGGGCUUCUCCUCUACGGAAAGAACGUCAGCAUGGCCUUUGGCCGCUGCCCCGUUCGCUCCAUCUUCGAGGAUGCGCUCAAGCUGCUCGUGCAGGAGCAAAAGAAGGUUGCCUUCCUUUGCGGCAAGACCAUGUCGUUGGAGGAUGCGCCUCAAGCAUACAAGGACUUUGAGGCGAGAAAAGUGCAGAAGAUUGUCUUCAAGAUGAACCCCGAAGAGGCGGGGAAGAAGAUCGAAGAUGUGGUUUAGACACUUCUGGGGACGGCAAUUGAAUGCCAGAUCUUUGGUACAAUCUUGCUGACGGUAGACAGAUGUACAGAUUGUAUAUUUCCGGCACUCUUCUUUCAACCAAGUGGACGCUCUCCCAGGAGCUGAUCCGAUGAUUUGUUUCCCUUGCUGGGAUUGUUGGGUGCCUGCAGAAUG